AGAGGGGAGGAGGAGGGUGGAGGGGGCGCACAUGAUAAUGUAACACGUCUUGAGAUGAAGCAUCCACACCUGCAGACCCCCCUGAGCCCACAGUCAAAUCUAUUAAUGGGACCAAAAGCAAGUGUGUCUAUUGUUUUAUGGAGAGAUCUGGAGCCAUCGACCCUCGCGCAGACCACAGCUCGUUACCCGGGUCUCAGCUGGAAAGGCCCGUGUUGUGUGAGACCCUGAGCUGCCUCAGUUAUGGUUUGUUGUCACAUAUUCUGGCCUGCAUACAUGUGGACAGUAAAGCCAUUCAGGCUUAUUUGCGUAACAGAGUUUUCACACCCUUUAAAGCUGGCACACGUCUUUAUUGUAACUCCAUAACGCACAUUAUGGUAAACAGAGGCUAUGGGACGUGGAUUUAUGAAAAUAUUCAAUAUCUGGUAAUAAUUUCCCAAUUUGUAUUAUUUAUAGCUCGUUUCCGUGGGUUACCACUGCUUAUUGCAUAUCAAUGAAUACAUUUUUAUUUUUGUGCUCAUCAAAUCACCUCUCCUGCAGGUAAACACGAUUUUUUUGGGCCUCAUUCAAGACCCAGAGAAAAGACAGGGGUUGUGUUAAUGAAUGCAAUAACUUUUUAAAAAUGUGAUUUUACAGGGACUAAUAUUUAUAUAGGCCUACAUUAAAAACAGUUUGCCCUGUCGCCUGAUCAAAUUAUCUACAGAGCAUUAAGAUUAAUAAAUAAGAAAAUAAGAUACAAUAAAUAAGAAACAAGCAGGUGUGAUUAUCUUAUCAUAUUUAUUAUUAUAGGUUUUAACGGUGUAGCUGAUUUUAUUUUUUUAAACAAAAUCUCAUUAAUUUGUGUUUUUAAAAAUCCGUGUGUUUCAAAUUGUUUAAUACAAUCUGCCCCCGCCCUCUAGCCUAUCACUGAUCACUGCCCCGCCCCAAACAAUACAUUUGUACCACACACACACACACACACACACACACACACACACACACACACACGGUUAUCAUGUUAUUCUGGGACAACAUAGCACUUGGUAAAAAACGAAUAAAACCCCUAAAAUUGUGAAGUUUAUGAAAUGUAAAACCUCCAAAUUAAAAGUCUCCUCAGCAGAAAUCAUAUGUUUGCCCCUUAUAAUAAAACUCCAAAGGAGUUUAUUAUACUUGAAAUGCAUAUUAUUUGUUUAAGACAUAAAUAAAUAAAAUAUUAAGGCCUGCACUGAAAUGACUCUGAGCCUGAACGUAACUUCUGACUACACUCCAGCAUCCUCUCCUGUAAACGGGCAAAUAAAAGUAAUGAAAAUGUCAAUACCAUAAAGUAGCAGUCCUGCGCGCAGCCAGAAUCUGGAGUUUUUGAGGGGAGAGUGACAGCUCUUUGUUGGUGAAUAGAAAUCAGUGGCGAAGGAGAGAGAGAGAGAGGAGGAGGAGAGACACAGAGAGAGAGAGAGAAGGAGAGAGAGAGGGGGGAACUCCUCCUACCAAAUUAUUCAGACUGGGCAGGCUUUGCUCUCUUCACAAAUAGGACACGGUGCUCAAAUCCAGGCAGUCCCAACCUGACCUCCAAGCACCAAGGAACCCUGACUGGGAAAUCUGGAGAGAGAGAACCAACACAAACUUUGUGUCAUUAUUUUUGGCCAGUGUUCACACUGUAGCCCCCUCCCCUCCUCCCUUCCCAACACUUCCACACCGGUUUGGACUAUAUCUUUUUUCUGGAGGAGAGACAUUCACGGGGAAGAAGGAAAAAGCUGGUGCAGCACCACCAGCACCUCCCUCCCGUCCCACCCAUGCUGUAGUUUUCUUCCAGUUGCCUUUGCACUGUGGCGGAGGAGGUGAUCUUUGUGUUGCUGUUGUGUGUGCCUCUCUCAGAGCCUCAGAGCCCAGUUUGGAUGCGCUGAGCUGCGGAACAGUAUAUGGAAGUUGUGGGCUGCAAGACAGAGGCAGGCAGUUGCACGUUGCGUCCAGGACCGGGAGCCAUGCUUUUCCACGGGAUCUCCGGGGAUCACAUCCAAGGGAUCAUGGAGGAGAUGGAGAGAAGGUCAAAAACGGAGUCGCGCCUGGCGAAGGGCAUGCAGCUCAACGGGAGAGAGUCGACCAUGCCCUCCAUGAGCCCGGAGAAGCCUGCUCUGUGUGCCGGCUGUGGCGGCAAGAUUUCGGACAGAUACUACCUCCUGGCCGUGGACAAACAGUGGCACUUGCGGUGCCUCAAAUGCUGUGAAUGUAAACUCGCGCUGGAGUCGGAGCUAACGUGUUUUGCCAAGGAUGGGAGUAUCUACUGCAAGGAGGAUUACUACAGGUUCUCCGUGCAGAGGUGCGCGCGCUGCCACCUCGGGAUAUCGGCCUCGGAGAUGGUGAUGCGGGCGCGCGACUCCGUGUACCACCUGAGCUGCUUCACGUGCACCACGUGCAACAAGACGCUGACCACGGGCGACCACUUCGGCAUGAAGGACAGCCUGGUGUACUGCCGGCUCCACUUCGAGACUCUGGUGCAGGGACCGGACUACCACCAGCAGCUCAACUUCGCCGAGCUGGCGGCCAAGGGCGGCGGCCUCAGCCUACCGUACUUCAACGGCACCGGGACCGCGCAGAAGGGCAGGCCGCGCAAGAGGAAGAGCCCGGCCAUGGGGAUAGAUAUACCCAGCUACAACACAGGCUGCAACGAGAACGACACCGAUCACUUGGACCGGGACCAGCAGGCCUACGCUCCAACACAGAAGACCAAACGCAUGCGGACCUCCUUCAAGCACCAUCAGCUGCGGACAAUGAAAUCCUACUUUGCCAUCAACCACAACCCAGAUGCCAAGGACUUAAAGCAGCUGGCCCAGAAAACAGGCCUCACUAAGAGAGUUCUACAGGUUUGGUUCCAAAACGCAAGAGCCAAAUUCAGAAGGAACGUUUUGCGACAGGAGAAUGGAGGUGUUGAUAAGGCUGAUGGCACCUCACUCCCUCCACCCUCAUCUGACAGUGGGGCCCUGACCCCCCCCUCCAGCGCGGCCACACUAACAGACCUGACAAACCCCUCUAUCACUGUAGUGACCUCCGUCACCUCUAGUUUGGACAGCCAUGAUUCGGGGAGCCCUUCGCAAACUACCUUGACAAACCUUUUCUAACAAGCUAUUCCUAUAGCAGACUGAUUUUGUUUUUUAUCUGAUUUUAUUUUAUUUUUUAUUUGUUUUUCUUUUCCUUUUCCUCAAUUUACAUUUUAUUUUUUUAAGUGACACCUUUAAAUCUACCAGAGACAGCUCCUUGGAACAGAAAGUGCUGUACUGUGUACACAAACAAGAUCAACAAGAGCAAGAACAGCAGCGACCACAUUAAAACACAAGGAAAUCAUUUUAAUGUGUAGCAUUUGAAACCGCAUGGCAGCCGUGUCUGUAGUUGACUUGCAGAGAUUGAUUUUUGGACGGGACAUUUUUUGAACUUGAAGGCAUUAGAAAAUUGUCAUGGAUCCCACAAUUCAUCGGAAAAAAUAACUAAACCUGAAGCUUGUCUGGAAAACUCGAUUUUACUUGAUUUUACUUUAUUUGUACAUUUGUAUUGACUUAUGAUAAAACAAGCCCUUCCUAAUUUAUGAUUAAUUGGCAAAUUUUAAAAUAAUAUGAAUAUUUUGCCCUCAGAAAUCUGUAUAUGUAUGCACUGUGUUCGCACUAUCCAAUUUAAAGAUUUUUUUUUCUGUUUUGGAAUAAUUUGGGAAAUAAACUUCUAGAAUGUUCUGUAUAUGGGUAACUCCAGAAAACAGGCUUUAAUUAUUUCCGAAUGUUUUCGGUCUGUAAGACCGAGCUGGAUGGAAUCAGACAUUGAGAUAUCUCACAGAGCUACAUGUAAAACGUCUAAAUUGCAUUAUAAGCACCGAACCAUCGCAGCUUAUAUGGCAGGUAGAUGCUGAAACCACAUACAUUUCUGUCUUGAUUCACAAAUCUACUGUGAAAAAAAAGAAGCUAAUCCUACAAUCUGUACAGUGGUAACUGUUCAACAUGGAAUGCAGUCACAAUGAUGGAAAUUGUUUGAUCAUUAGAAAUCAGCAGGAGAAAUUUGGAUUGGAGAACAGUUUAUGCACGCUGCUGCAAUCGAUUGUUUUCAUGACAGAGCACUUUUUCAGAUUUGUUGGCCUCAUAGAUUAACCGUAGUCAAAUGGAUAAAUCCUAGUAAACAUAUCCAUAAAUCCACAGCUAAACUCAAUUGCACAGUGACAAUAUACUGUCCAGUGAAAAGUGCAUUAUUGUUUUUAUCAUGUUGCUCAGGGUAACGAUGUGAUUUUAAAGGGAAAAGGAGUAAGGGGGGGAGAAAUUAAAUGGUUGCGACGUUGCAGACUAGAUUUGUAGAGCUGACAUGAACAUUCAAAUGACCUCAGAUAGGUGGAGUCGUAAGAGGCAGCCAGUGGGAAAUCAUUGUCCAUGUGUUCUCCUUUUUGGCCAUAUUUAUACUUUCUUUAAUGACACUUGCCACUGAACAGACCAAAAACAUGUUUCUUCUGGCUGAAAGAGAGAGAGAGAGAGAGAAAGAGAGAGAGAAAGAAAGACAGAGCAAAUCUUCAACGGAGUUGAUACAUUUCAUUGUGAGCGUCACAAUUUGUUCUAUUGUAGAACAAAGUGGUACUCUAAAUCUACUUCAUGAAGUAGAUGCCUAACUCAGUUCUACUAUGUGCCUUAUGCUAUAACUUGGGAGAAAGUUUGUGAAAUUCAGGAUAUAUGUGUUCUUUGUUAACUGAUUCACAUCCUUUUGACGCCUCACUAGUUUUGUACUGUUUUGCAUCUUAUUUCCGAAGAUCUUUUUAUGGUGUAUCCUGUUAAAAAGGGGGCAGCGAUGUCAUAGAAAGCAUUUGUGCACUCUUUCAGAUAUAGUUGGGUAAUCCAAGAACCUUAUAUAUUGAUCUUCGUGUUAAUAGUUGAGUACAGUAAGUGUUCUAUCAAGAUUGUCCAUGUUUCCCUGUUUCUUGAUAAAGAUGGUGUAUAGAAACUAUUUCCCCUUAAAUAUUUAUGGACCAAACGGUUGUUAUAUAUCUUAUUAAAUUUGUGUGAAUAAAAAUACUUUGCUUUAAA